UUGUUAUGAUUUGAAUUCAGCUGCUGUAAGGUCAUUUUUGGGACAUUUCAUUUCGUUUAUUAAUUCUUUAUUUACAGCCCAUUCCAACGUAAAUAACUGAUAGAAUGCGACUAAACGCAUUUCAUUGUGUAUUAUCUAAAUUUUCCUAUCGUUUUAUCCUACGACGUACAAUUGCGUAUAUUCAAGGACAAGAACCCGAACCGAAAAUUAGAGAAUAUUUUUAUUAUAUAGAUCAUCAAGGAAUGCUAUUUUUAGAUGACUCUAAAAUGAAGAAUUUCACAUCAUGCUUUAAAGAGAAGAAGUUUUUAGAAUUCUUUUUUAAGCGUAUUAGAUUAAAUAAUAGCGGUAGAUAUGAAAAUGACUUUCCUUUCAUAUCUUUAUGCGGGAGGGAGAGAAAUUUUAUAAGAUGUGAUGAUGUUCCCAUUGUUUACACACAUAUUAUUACAAAUGAUACUUGCAGUGACCAUUUUCUUACUUAUGGAUAUGUAGGUGAUCAUUUGAAAGUAAAAUUUAUGCCUGACAAAAUAUUUAUGCUACCAGAAACUGGGAGAGUGUAUCACCCAGCUGAUGCAAAAUAUGGUGGUGUUGGCUUAGUGAGAUCUAAACUUGCAAUAGAACUUAGUAAAUAUUUUGAAUUUGGAAAUGGAGAAUCAAAUCCACCAACACAUUUUGUAUGGCAAGACAAUAAUUAUAAGCUAGAUCAGAAUUGGCUUCAAGAAAAUGUUAAUAGGUUUAGGAUAAAAUUAAGAGCAACUCCAGAUUAAUGUAAAUA